CCAGAGAGCCCUUCCCACAGCCAUCAGCCACGGGGCUGCACCGAAGGGAUGGAGAUGCCGCUGCCCGGGCGGGCUGGGGCAUGAGGCACUCCGAACCUCGGACGAAAAGCAGGGUCAGGACACCUCCUGCCUGGGCUAGGGGCUCAGCAUGGCUCAGGGAGCCCUGAGCACGCAGCCCUAGCCCUGCAGGGGUGGGCGGGUGCCUUUCCCUGGAAGAGCUGCCACCAGGCAGGGGACCUCAGUGGCCCCUUGGCCAGCACGCCCUAUUCCUGAGCAGCCGGCUGGCCACUGAGCCAGCAGAAACAGGGGCAUCUCUUUGUCCGUGCCCAGGCUAUGCACCACAGGAGGUGGUCCCAGCCGCCCUGCAAGUCAAGCAACAGCAUGGAGAAGAGAUGGGGAACACGGGCAGGGAGCGGCUGUCCUGAGCUGCCGCUCUCAUGGAGCUCCUAGGCAGCCACAACCUCCAGCUCUGACCCCCCACAGCCAGGAAAUGCUGGGGAUUUUCUGACCUCUGCCAGCUUUGGAACAAGCUCCAAGGAUAUGGGACUCCACGUGUAUCUUCUACUUCUCUUCCCACAUCUGGCAGGGGCCAUCCUGGACAUCACCCUGAUUGCCAACGUGCAGAGCCUGUCCCACUCCGACUUCUUCCUCUCCUGUGUCAUGGGGGAGCGCGACGUGAGCUACCUGCAGAUCGAGCGGGAGAACAAGAUCGUGAUGACGCACCCCAAAAUGGGCUUCCAGAACUACCGCAACCGCAGCAACCAAGUCCAGGCCAGGGGCUUCUCCAAGGCCGACCUGGUGGGGAUCCUCUACUGCCUGGGGCGCACCCCAACCGAGCAGGCCCAGGUGGUCUAUGUGCACAACAGCCACAAUGCCCACCUCUUUCCAGUGAAGGCCACACAGUCUGUGAAUGUUGCUGAGGCGGCCACCUUCUCUGCCAGGAUCCUCAAGAGGAAGGAGACAGAUGUCAUGUGGAAAAGAAACGGCACUUACUACCAGACCACGGACCGGGGUGAGGUGCAGGAUGACCACGUCGUCCUGACACUCCCCAAUGUCAGUGUCAGCGAAAACGGUGUCUACAGUGCAACAUUCAUGGGGGACAGCCCUCUGUGGAGUGCCUUCUACCGCCUCAUUGUGAGAGCCUGCCCUGCAAAGAAAUGGGGACCGUCCUGUGAGAAGGACUGUCCCGACUGUCUGAACGGCGGCAUCUGCCACGACCACGUUGGUGAAUGCAUCUGCCCUCCAGGGUUCAUGGGCACCCGCUGUGAGAGAGCCUGCCAGGAAGGCCAGUUUGGCCGCAACUGCCAGGAGACGUGCCAGAGAGCCCAGGGCUGCCGGGGGCUGAGCUUCUGUCUGCUCGAUCCCUACGGCUGCUCCUGCGCCUCGGGCUGGAGUGGCUCCCGCUGUGACCAAGCCUGUCCCUCAGGAUUCUAUGGCCCUGACUGUGCCCUGAAGUGCACCUGCCAAAACGGAGGCAGCUGUAACCGCUUCAGUGGCUGUGUCUGCCCUGCAGGCUGGCAUGGGCAGCACUGUGAGAAAUCAGACCGGUUCCCCCAGAUCAUCCAACUGGCCUCAGAGCUGGAGUUCAACCUGGGCUCAGAGCCCAUCAUCAGCUGCGUGGCCAUUGGCAACCCACUGCCCACCAGGGACAGCGUGGAGCUGCGCAAGGCUGACGGCACUGUGCUCAAGGUCAUCAAAACCAUCAUUGAGCCAAAGCAGAUCACCUGCGAGUUUGAGGUGCGGCACCUGACAAAGGCAGACACGGGGCUCUGGGAGUGCCGGGUCUCCACCACUGGGGGCCAGGACAGCCGGAAAGUCAAGGUCAAUAUCCGAGUGCCACCAGUGCCCUUGAGUGCCCCCCGGCUGUUGGCCAAGCAGAGUCGCCAGCUCGUGGUGUCACCUGUGGACAGCUUCUCUGGUGAUGGACCCAUCACCUCCAUCAAGCUCUUCUACAAGCCCAAGGAUGACAAUUCAGCGUGGUCAUCUAUUGUGGUGGACAACAGCGAGAACAUCACACUCAUGAACCUCCGGCCAGUGACCGCCUACAUUGUCAAGGUGCAGCUGAGCCGGCCAGGGGCUGGUGGGGAGGGCAGCAAGGGUCCUGAAGCCAUCAUGGUUACUGACUGCCUCGAGCCCACAGUCAAGCCUGUGAUUGAAGGCUGGUCCAUAGAAGAGAAAAACAUGCUUCAUGUCAAUUGGAAGUUGCCAAGCAACCAUGAGCCAGCACAUGGGUUCAUUGUCCACCUCUUUGACUCUGCAAGGCGGUUGGUCUCAGAGAAAAAUAUCACAUCCAUCUCUGUGCACUCUGCCCGCAUUGGGGACUUGGAGUUUAACAAGGAGUACAGGCUGGAGGUGCUGGUGUACCACUGCACCAGCCUGGGGCCCCCCUCUGACCCCUACAAGGUCAUGAUCAACAGCAAAGGGCCCUCCUCGCCGCAGUUGCUCUCGGCAGAGCCUGUGUCCGACACCGCUGUCAGGCUCUCCUGGCAGGUGCCCGAGUACCCCAACGGGGGCAUCACCAAGUACAUCGUGGAGCUGCAGCAGGUGGGGGGCACCAGUGAGCCCCAGUGGAUUGACACCGACAGCGGUGCCGAGACCACCAAAAUCGUUGGAGGCCUCAACGCCAGCACCAGUUACCAGUUUCGUGUCCGUGCCAACUCCCAUGUUCCAGGGGAAUGGAGCCAGCCCGUGAAAGCCAAGACCUUCGGGGAUGGAGUGCUGAGCGUGCCGCCCAGCCUGGGCAGCCAGAGCACUGAGCAGGCAGGAACAGACCAGCAGCUGCUCUUGGCCAUUGUUGGCUCUGUGUCCGUCACUUGCUUCACCAUCCUCUUUGCUCUCCUGGCACUUUUCCUCAUCAAGAAGAAUUUUUUCCACCGGCGCCGCACCUUUACGUACCAGUCUGGCUCGGUGAGUGCCGCCUGCCCCACCAGGACCGUGUCCCCUGCUCCCCACGUCCCAGCCCGAUCCAGGUCACGUUCCAUAGCCUCCAGUCCGGAUGCAGCCAGACCUCACUUCCACACGGAGAGGGGGGAAGAGACCAUCCUGCAGUUCAACUCGGGAACCCUGACCCUGACACGCCGGCCCAAGCCGCAGCCUGAGCCCCUCAGCUACCCCAUCCUGGAGUGGGAAGACAUCAAGUUUGAGGACAUGAUUGGGGAGGGCAACUUCGGGCAGGUAAUCAGGGCCAUGAUCAAAAAAGACGGCCUGAAAAUGAAUGCAGCCAUCAAGAUGCUGAAAGAGUUUGCUUCAGAGAAUGACCAUCGGGACUUUGCUGGGGAGCUGGAGGUGCUGUGCAAACUAGGCCAUCACCCCAACAUCAUCAACUUGCUGGGUGCCUGUGAGAACAAGGGCUACCUGUACAUUGCCAUUGAGUAUGCUCCAUAUGGAAACCUCCUCGACUUUCUCCGCAAAAGCCGAGUCUUGGAGACAGACCCAGCCUUUGCUAAGGAGCAUGGCACUGCCUCCACUCUCACAUCCCAGCAGCUCCUCCAGUUUGCUUCAGACGUGGCCAAGGGGAUGCAGUACCUGAGUGAGAAGCAGUUCAUUCACAGGGACCUGGCAGCAAGAAACAUUCUGGUGGGAGAAAACUUGGCCUCCAAAAUUGCUGACUUUGGCCUCUCCAGAGGGGAGGAGGUCUAUGUGAAGAAGACAAUGGGCCGUUUGCCAGUUCGCUGGAUGGCCAUUGAGUCCCUCAACUACAGUGUAUACACCACCAAGAGUGAUGUGUGGUCAUUCGGUGUCCUGCUCUGGGAGAUUGUCAGUUUGGGUAAGGCUCUUCUCUGUCCCCUACCUUCCUUCACUCAGGUCCCCGUAGGUCUGGUUAUCCUGGAGCCCUGGGGGGAACACCCUAGGGACUGUCACCUCCUCAGCCUCUGUGUGUCUUUGGCUUUAGGGGGCACACCGUACUGCGGGAUGACGUGUGCCGAGCUCUAUGAGAAGCUUCCCCAGGGAUACCGCAUGGAGAAGCCGCGCAACUGCGACGACGAGGUGUACGAGCUGAUGCGGCAGUGCUGGCGCGACCGCCCCUACGAGCGCCCUCCCUUCGCCCAGAUCUCCAUGCAGCUCAUCCGCAUGCUGGAGGCCAGGAAAGCCUACGUGAACAUGGCCCUGUUCGAGAACUUCACCUACGCGGGGAUUGAUGCCACCGCCGAGGAGGCGUGAGGCUGCGCUGGCACCGCUCAGAGGCGCAACGCUGGCCCCAGCCUGCUGGAACAGUGCUGUGCGGACAAGGGGCUGCUCGUCCCGCUCCAGGGCCAAGCAGCCAAAUGGCAGUGACCCUUUCCAAGAACUCCUUCUCUGCAGCAGGACUGUGCCAUCCUGCCCUGGCAUGGUACCAGCCACUAACAGCCCCACGCUGCUGGGGACACGCUGGGAUGGCCCCCAAGGACAAGCAGCAGCGGGGUGCUGGCAGCAGAGCAGACGGGAGAGGGCCUCCCUCAGGAGCCAGUGUACUGCCUAAGCCCACGGACACAAAUGCUCAAGCUUUGGGGAGAGAGGACGAAACAGCAACACAGCAGCUGCCCACCCUGCAGCUCUCAGCAUGCUCUGGGCCUGAAGCAGUGCAGGGGUUGCAAGCAGCACUGCUGGCAUGGGAUGGGGCCACCCUGGUAGGUGCAAAGAGACAGUGUUGGCUGUGCACAGCCUCCAGCUCUGCAGUGGCCCUUCAAAGGUGUCAGCUCUGCCUUAUGGACAAUAAAGAUCAUGCAACAGCCGGG